CACAGUUUGUAAUGCAAAUAUUUUAUGUUUGAUAGUAUAGCACUAUUGCUUACAAGUAAUUGAUAAACUCAAGUUGAAUCUUGGAUUUUUUACUGAUAAAAAUACAAAAGCUCAUUGAAUCACUAAACCAACACAGCAAAAUACUAAAGUUACAUCAUGGAUUAUUUUUCAAAUCAAUAUGUUUUGAGUUCUUGCGAUACAAUGGUUUUGUUAUCACAAUCGUCAAGAAAAUCUAAUAACACAAAAUUGCAAACGAUCAAAACUAAGGAAACGCCCAAGAAAAAAAUGGGGGAAUCAAAAAACACUAAUUUAGUGAAAACUAAGCAGCAAUUGAAGAAUGCUAAAGAAAAACUAGCAGCUGCGAAGAUUAAGGAAUCUUUGGCAAAGCACAAAUUAGCUGCAGCUAAGAAAAAAGAAGCGGCAGCAAAGAAAAAAGAGGUAGCAGCAAAGAAAAAGGAAGCUUUGGUUCAGAAGAAAUUUAAUAUAGCUCAAGGGAAGCUGGCCAUUGCAAAGAAAGAACUGCGUGAAACUAAAACAAAAACAAAAAUUAUAGCAAUUCAAUCAAAUGCUAAGCAAUUCGCUCAAUUGCGAGAAAUAGAUAUAACAAGAGGUUUUUGUGUAUCGCAAGAUGUUUGCGAUCCAUUUAAUAUUCAUCAAUAAAACUGUAAAAAUUCUGUUAAGACUCAUGAUGUUCAUUAUAAAAUGGGAUUUUCAGACCUAACUGAUGAACGUCAAACAAAACUUAACUCACAUCUCAAUACUUUUUGUUUUCAUUUCGGAAACUACGGAGACAAUUCAUAUUCCACUAAACAACACCUUUAAUUCAGUCAUACGGUGUCAUUAUUCAAGCAUUCUUAUAAGUUUGAAAUUUAUGAAACAAUCACGCGAAACCCUUUUCCAACUCACAGGGGGAAAUCUAGAAAAUUUUUGAAAACAUGGCAUUAUUCAAAGCUAGUGAAAGAUUAAGAAUUAUUUCUGCAAAGCUAAUUUGAGCGAAAUUUCAAGUUCUUAAUUAAUAUUUGAUUGAAAAUAAAAUUAAAAA